UUCGGCGACUUGUGAAACACAAAGUUGCCCUUGCCCCAACAUUCCCAUGGCAGCAGCGAUCCAGCGUCGAGACUUGAGCACUGUAUGUGCAAGAAAUCGGCAACGUCGGCCACAGACAAAUUUUAUUCUUGGUGCGUGCAUUUUCACGGUUGGUCACCUGGCGGUAGCGUUUAUUGGCCCACUGCGGUGGACCAAGAACUCUCGAAAUGCCAAAAUGAUCAGAAUGGAGGCGGCAGACUCUCGGAUGACGAUGCCUGCCGGUGCAAUCAUGGAGGUUGCAUCAAACACGGGACAGCUUUCAACUUUCCAAGUGGUCGUGGUUUUUCUAUGCGCUGCAAUUCCUGUGCUUUACUGGUGGUUCGUGAUCGUUCCUUUCAAGAGACGAGAGCUGGCAACCAGCAAGGCGCGUGGACCAAUGAAAAAUUAUUUAGUUGAGUUGGCAGCCACGCCUCAAGAGGAGCGGAAAGAAGAAAAAUGGUUUUAUGACAAAUAUUUACGACAAGGUAAACUUGUUGAACCAAGAACUUCGGAAGGAUUGGCUGAAGUCGUGCAAAGUGUAGAGGAUGAACUGCAAGAAACUCUUCCUGGGGGCGGAUUUUGGAGCUUUGACAAUCCAAUAUUUGUAUGUCUAGUCUUGUUGCUGGUGUUUUGUGUACAGCAAGUGCUGCUUCACGAUGUGUUGCAGAAGUGACGAGAGCUUCAUCCAUCAAUGGUCUAAAAGUUG